CCCUCCUCUUUAUCUCCUCUCAGUGUAACAAUGCAGGUUGAGCGUUCCGUGAAGCGAUAUUCCUCUCAGACAUGGUUUGACAAACAAUGCGACUUCAAUCCGUUUCUGGGGGCUUUUGUUGCCGGGUAAUAUAGGAUAGCUGGAUGUAUUGCGCACAUCGCACGUACAGAUCGCUGAAAUAGCGCAGGUUGUUGUGGGUUCCCUUCCGUACAGGGAGGGGUGAGCGUGAAGGAGGAAUAACGCCGCGGUUCUCUUUGUUUACACCGGGAUAAAAGUGAGAAUGCGACGGACUCUGAUUUUGUGGAUUUGGAGUGUUUAUCUACACCUCAGUGCAGCACGUUCAGCAUCCCAGAGAUGUGAUGAGGUGUUGGCUUCUCCCCUUCCCUACAGCGCCUUCACCAGUUCCUCUGUGCUGGCGGCAGAAUUUGGGGCUGGCUAUGCAAAACUCAACAGGAGAGUAGGCAAUGGAGGAUGGUCACCGUCAGAUUCUGACAGGUACCAAUGGCUGCAGGUGGACCUCAGGGCCAAGAAACAGAUCAUUGCCAUAGCAACACAGGGUAGAUACAGCAGCUCUGAUUGGACGAAACAGUACAAGCUCCUCUACAGUGACACAGGAAGUAACUGGAAGCCUUAUCGGCAGGACGGCAACAUAUGGACGUUUUCAGGUAACUGGAACUCAGAGCGAGCCGUGCGUCAUGAACUUCAGCACCCCUUUUUGGCUCGAUACGUGCGUUUUAUUCCGCUGGACUGGAGUGAGGAGGGAUGGAUUGGACUGAGAGUGGAGCUCUAUGGCUGUGCUUACUGGGCGGACGUAAUCAGUUUCGACGGGCAGGGAGUGAUUUCCUAUCGCUUCCGACAGAAAAAGAUGAAGGUCUUAAAAGAUGUGAUUUCGCUGAAGUUCAAGACCUCUAAAGGAGACGGUGUUCUUCUGCAUGGAGAGGGGCAGCAGGGUGAUUAUAUCACUCUGGAGCUCCGCCGAGCCAAACUACUACUGCAGAUCAACCUAGGCAGUAAUCAGUACGGCUCCAUUCAGGGUCACACAUCAGUAAGCAGUGGAAGUCUGCUCGAUGAUGACCAUUGGCACUCAAUUCUGAUCGAACGCUACAGACGCAGUGUCAACUUCACUCUCGAUCAACACACACAGAGCUUCCGCACCAAUGGAGAGUUCGAUCACCUGGAUCUGGACUAUGAAAUUACGUUUGGAGGAAUGCCAGUGUCUGCCAAGCCCAGCUCCGGGGGCAAAGAGAACUACAUCGGCUGCAUGGAGUCCAUUUAUUACAACGGGGACAACAUCACCAAUUUUGCCCGCAGGAAGAAAGUCGACACCUCUAGUUUUCACAACCUGACGUUCUCCUGUUCUGAAUCGCAAACAUUCCCGGCGUUCUUUAACUCCACCAGCUCCCUGCAACUCCCAGGUCGGACCGACGCAGAUACGGUCUCAGUCAGACUUCAGUUCCGCACGUGGAACCCGAGCGGUCUGCUGUUAUUUACCCCUCUAAUGCCCGGGGGUGUGGAGGUCAGCCUGGUGGAGGGUAAAGUCACUGUCCACAUCUACAUCACAAUGGGCAAGAACACACGUGUGGACAUAUCCUCAGGCUCUGGUCUGAAUGACGGCCAAUGGCACAGUGUUCACUUUCUGGCACUGGAGAGCAUCGCCAUGUUGACCAUCAACGGAGACGAGAUGUCCACAGUGAGAGCAGCUCUUCCCAUGCAGAUACGGACUGGAGGAGAUUAUUUCUUUGGAGGAUAUUUCCCGCGGACAGACCUAUCUCCAUCCCAGCGCUCAUUUCAGGGCUGUAUGCAGCUCAUACAUGUAGAUGAACAGCUGGUCGACCUACGUUCUGUGGAGCAAGGCAUACUGGGUAGCUUUGAGAAUGUCAGUCUGGACAUGUGUGCCAUCAUAGACAGGUGUGUGCCAAACCAUUGUGAACAUGGAGGCAAGUGCUCUCAAACUGGAGACAUGUUUAAAUGUGCCUGUGAUGGUACUGGAUACUCUGGUGCCACCUGCCACAACUCUGUGUACGAGCAGUCCUGUGAGGAGUAUAAACACUUGGGCAGGGGCUCAGGCAAGUACUGGAUCGAUCCAGAUGGCAGCGGACCCCUCGAGCCAUUCAAAGUGGCCUGCAAUAUGACGGAAGACAAGGUGUGGACAACCAUUGUGAAUGAUUUGCCAGCUCAGAGUUCAGUGACAGCGGGCUCGAGUCCAGAAGACAAGACUGUGCUCACACUCAACUACAGCAUGUCUGCUGAGCAGGUGAAUGCAGUCAUCAGCAGUGCAGCGCUCUGUGAGCAGCGUGUGGCCUACACGUGUUACAAAUCCCAUCUGCUCCACUCACCAGAUGGUUCUCCAUCCACUUGGUGGGUCGGCAGGGGCAAUGAGAAGCACUUCUACUGGGGCGGCUCAGGACCAGGCGUACAGAAAUGCGCUUGUGGCAUUGAACGCAACUGCACAGACCCAAAGUACUACUGCAACUGCGAUGCAGACCUGAGACAAUGGAAAGAGGAUGCAGGUCUGUUAAUGUACAAGGAUCAUCUGCCUGUCAUUCGGGUGGUUGUUGGGGACACACACCGCUCCGGAUCUGAAGCCAAACUCACUGUUGGGCCUCUACGAUGUCAAGGAGAUCGCCACUACUGGAAUGCAGCAUCCUUCAACACACCUGCAUCUUAUCUGCAUUUCCCCACCAUCCAAGGCAAGACCAGUGCUGACAUCUCCUUCUACUUCAAGACUUCAUCUUCGCAUGGUGUCUUUCUGGAAAAUCUGGGCAAUCCAGAUUUUAUUCGUUUGGAACUGAAUUCUUCCACAGUGGUGUCGUUCUCUUUUGAUGUGGGAAACGGACCGGUGGAGUUGACCGUACGCUCAUCAACACCACUCAAUGAUGACCAGUGGCACAGGGUGGAGGUGGAACGGAACAUUAAUGAGGCUGUUUUGCGAUUGGAUAAGAUGCAUAGAGAUGUGCGUCCAGCUCCGCCUCAGGGCCACACCCGCCUGCAGCUCUUCAGUCAGCUGUUUGUAGGUGCGUCAGGGGGACAGAGAGGUUUUCUGGGUUGCAUUCGUUCCCUGAAGGUCAGUGGGGUGACCCUUGACCUAGAGGAGAGGGCAAAGGUCACACCAGGGGUGAAGCCGGGCUGCUCGGGUCAAUGCGCCAGUUAUGGCAUGCUGUGCCAGAAUGGAGGGAAAUGUGUUGAGAAAUACAACGGAUACUCCUGCGACUGCAGUCUGACUGCCUUCGACGGACCAUUCUGCAAUGAUGAUGUAGGGGGGUACUUUGAGAGUGGAACGCUGGUGCGCUAUGACCUGAUGUCAGAGAGCAGCUCAUUUCCUGCAGUAAAAGAAGGUGGUUCUGGAGUUCUGAGUACUGUGGGUAAUUUGACUCGUGAGGAGCUGAGCUUUAGCUUCAGUACUUCUCACACACCCUCUGUCCUCAUCUACAUCAGCUCCAAGACACUGGACUAUAUGGCUGUGGUGAUGCGACACAAUGGCAGUCUGCAGAUCCGCUAUAAUCUGGGAGGAUUGAGGGAGCCAUUCACCAUCAGUCUGAACAAUCGUAACAUGGCUAACGGACAGCCCCAUAACGUCAACAUCACACGGCAUGACAGACUCAUUCAGCUGCAGCUGGAUCAUUAUCCCACAGUAAGCUACAUGCUUCCCGAGGCCUCAGACAUUGAGUUUAACCUUGUGAAGACCAUUUUCUUAGGAAAGGUUUUUGAGACCGGACAGAUUGAUCCAGUCUUGAUUGAGCGCUAUAACACCCCAGGCUUCGUGGGCUGUCUCUCCAGAGUGCAGUUCAACCGCAUUGCUCCACUGAAGGCCGCCUUGAGGACAGGCAUUCCCUCUACAGCCUCCAUACAGGGAGUUUUGGUGGAGUCCAAUUGCGGGGCAUCUCCACUCACAGUACCGCCCAUGUCUGCAGCAUUUGACCCCUGGCACCCGGAUUCAGCCGGUGCCCAGUUCCCAUUCAAUGAUGAGCAACUUAGCCGUGAUGGUGUCAACAGAAACUCUGCAAUGAUUGGAGGCAUCAUAGCAGUGGUCAUUUUCACCAUCCUCUGCACAUUGGUGUUCCUGGUUCGGCACAUGUUCCGUCACAAGGGCUCUUAUCACACCAAUGAGGCGAAAGGGGCGGAGUCUGCCGACUGCGCUGAUGAAGCCAUUAUUGUGAAUGACCCUGCUUUCACAGAGACCAUCGACGAGAGCAAGAAGGAGUGGUUCAUUUAGCCACACACCUUGGAGGGGCUUUAUUCUCUGACAUGGAUACCAUACAGGAUACAUCUGGGCAAAGUGCCCAUUCUGAGUCUUUUGGGUAGCCUAUGUGAAAUGAACACUUGGCAGUGUCCAAUUGGACCACGUCUGUGCACUGGCUGGCAUGUCUUUUCUGUAAUUAUUUUGUUUGUAAGUGACUGCAGCACAAGGACUUCUAUAAGAUCAAAUUCUUCACACUUGACAGGCAUAUUCCAUGGACUACAGUUUUUAGCAUUUUUAUCAUUACAUUAUUACUGUCUGUAAACAAAUGGAACAGACAAUGCUGGAAUGGCAUGGAAAUAUGUGUCCGGCAAACGUGAAUGCACCAAAUACUCCAAUAGCACAAAACGGAACAUACAGAAUGCAUAAUUAUGUUUCCGAUAAUGACAUUUGAUUGUAUUUAAACAUUUUGUUGUCAGCAUCUUCAGGACAAUAAUAUAUUGUAGCAUGGAAACCAGACUGUGGCAUUCCUGAAUCAUUCAUCAACUUUAAUGCAGCACAUUUGUAUGUCGUCGUAAAUGUUCUUUAUAGUUAUUAUCUGAAUUCAGUGUUAUUUAUUUGAUUCUCCAUAAGUGCGUGUUUAAUCUCUAUGAAAAACAUAAGGCGUUUUAGAGCCCCCUCUACACAUAUGGUUGGGCUUUUUAUAACUCUUUUAAUGUCUUAACAUGAAUGCUCUUAAAAUCAUAAGCUUUAGAUAGAAAUUGCAGUUUUGUUCCAAUGUGUUAUAUUGUAAAAUAUUAGUUACUUUUAAUGUGCCUCAAGGGUUCAGUCAUGCUUCUGUCAAAGCAUGGAUUUCAUGAAAGAUGUGAUGACCCUUAAAGGAACAGUUCACCCAAAAACUGAAAAUUCUCUCAUCAUUUACUCACCCUCAUGCCAUCCCAGAUGUGUAUGACUUUCUUUUUUCUGCAGAAUACAAAUUAAGAUUUAUUUGAAAAAUAGCUCAGCUCUGUUGGUCCAUACAAUGCAAGUGAAUGGUGACCAAAGCUCCAGAAAGCAUGUAAAGGCAGCAUCAAAUAAUCCAUAAGACUCAAAUGGUGUGAAUCAUGUUUUCUGAAGCGAUCCAAUCGGUUUUGGGUGAGAUUGCACUUUCUAGUGCUUGACGCAUGUGUAGAGCACUAGAUGGUGCUUGGAAGUGUAAUCGAGCUUAAAAUGUAAUAUGUGCAUUUUGGAGCUUCACAGUUUUGAGUAAACACAAAUUUUCAUUUUUGGGUGAACUAUUACUUUAAAUGUUAAUAUGUUUGCAGUUUAAUACAUUGCUAAUUUGGGGUUGGUCAUAGCAGCAUCAAAUAGCAAAUGAAUGUGCAAACCAUUUCAUUAUUGUCUUCAUUGUUUGUGCUUUAAGUAAUUUUUAAUUCUUAACUAAGUCUGAAUUACAUGAUGGAAAAUGGGUCUUCUCAAUGAGUUUCCCGUAUCUGCUCAUAUGGAUUCAUAAACAUGAGUAUUACUUGAACCUAAUCAGCUAGAUUUUAAACCUGAUUUGUAUUUAAGCACUAAAGUAUUGUUGCUUUUUAAAGUUAUUAAACAUCUGUACAUUUUGAGUUGUUUCAAUUGU